AGCAGGCGCCGCUUCUGGGAGGGACCGCACUUAGGUAUGCUUCUUGAGCAUGCAGUGAGUGGGAGGGAGUCAGUGCGCAGGUCCAGCCCCGGCUCCCAAUUCCCCCACGGUGGGGACUCUCUGAGCACUUAGGCCCCCGCCCCCACGACUUGGGAAGACUUACGUGGACCGGAUUCCGGUUAGUGAGUCUAGGAGUGUGCGUGCGAGCCUCAGCGCGCGUGUGCGAGAGCGGGAGGGGCGGGGGCGCGGCGUACCCCAGUGCCUGUGUGUGAUUCGGCCACUGAGUGGGAGUCCAUAUUUGUCCUGGAGGGUGAUUCCGCGUCCGUAUGCGUGUGCGUGCGCGCGCGUGUGUAUGUAUGUGAGUGUGUGCGCGCGCGCGUGCCUCAGAAGAUGCAAAGAACAGGUUUGAAGUUAAGGAGAUUUGGACAAAGCCAAGCCUUUUUGUGGAAGGAUCUGGCCACCAGAGAUUCAUGAGUAUUGUUUUCUGCGACUUUAGUUUGAGAGAAAUUGAUGAGCAAUAUCAAGGUAGAUAAAAUUCAAAGACUUAUUGUGAAUGUAUUGAAACUGGAAGAUUCAGACAAUAUUCAGUCCUUAAUCAGUGGAAGAAAGUGACCUCAAUUCAGGAAUAACUGUCCUCAGGAGAGUGAAUAUAGCAAAUGCUGUCCUGAACAGGUGGGAGAUUCUUCAAUCCCAUGGGAAAUCUCCUGAAAUCAACAAGUAUCAGGGUAAUAUAGGAGAAAUGGCCUUCAGCUGAUUUUUCAGACCUCAUUAAACAUUAAAAUAGUUAUCCUGGAGAAAUGUUUUCUGUUAGUACUAAAGGAGGAAAGACUUUCUGUCAGAACUCUAAGCUUGCUGGACAUCAGAUAAUCCAAACUGGAGAGAAACUUUCUCAGUUUAAUCAAUGUGGAAAAGUAUUCAGAAAUCAUUCACAUUUUGGGAAACACCAGAGAAUCCACACUGGAGAAAAACCUUAUAAAUGUCAUCAAUGUGGAAAGGUUUUCAGAGAUCGCUCCAGUCUUGCUAUACAUCAGAGAUACCACACUGGAGAGAAACCCUAUGAAUGUAGUCAGUGUGAAAAGGCUUUUACAGAGAAGAGCAGUCUUCGUAACCAUGAGAGAAUCCACACUGGAGAGAAACCUUAUGAAUGUGAUCAAUGUGGAAAGGCUUUUACACGUAGCUCUGCAUUUAGGAAACAUCAGAGAAUCCACACUGGAGAGAGACCUUAUGCAUGUAAUCAAUGUGGAAAGGCUUUCAUAGAGAGUUCUAGUCUUGUUUCCCAUCAGAGAAUCCAUACUGGAGAGAAACCUUAUGAAUGUAAACAGUGUGGGAAAGCUUUCAGAUCUAACUCUAGUCUUACUUAUCAUGAGAAAAUCCACACUAAGGAGAAACUUUAUGAAUGUAAUCAAUGUAUGAAGGGUUUCAUAAAGAGCACAAGUCUUGCUGUACAUCAGAGAAUCCAUACUGGAGAGAAACCUUAUGCAUGUAAUCAAUGUGGAAAGGCUUUCACACAGAGGAUCCACCUUGCUGUACAUCAGAGAAUCCACACUGGAGAGAAACCUUAUGAAUGUAAACAAUGUGGAAAGACUUUCUCAAAGAACUCCAAUCUUAGUAAACAUCAGAGAAUCCACAAUAGAAAGGAACCUUAUGAAUAUAAAAAGAGUGGAAAGGUUUUAAAAGGGAAGGACAAUCAUGUUGCCCAUCAGAGAAUUCACACUGGAGAAAAAUGUUUUGAAUAUAAACAUUGUGGAAGGACUUUCACCCAGAGCUCCCAUCUUACUUGGCAUAAGAGAAUCCACACUAAAGAGCAAGGCAUUCAAAGAGAAAGUCUCCCUACCUUGGGAAUCUUUUUCCCUGAAGAAGACCAAAGUGUGGCCCAAGGAGAGACGCUGGAGCCAGAGGGAAUGGCCUCUGGUACCCAGAGACCUUCAUCCCAGGAAUCGGUAACCUUCAAGGAUGUGGCUGUGAACUUCACCCGGGAGGAGUGGUGCCUCUUGGACCAUUCUCAGAAAGAGCUGUACACGGAGGUCAUGCUGGAGAAUGUGCAGAAUCUGCUUUCUGUGGAGACUAGUUUUGAAGCAAAGAAGAUAUCUACAAAGCUGAGUCUUUUUUUGGAAGGAUCUGCCCACCAAAAAUUCAUGAAUGAAAGUUCUUAUGACUUGAUUUUGAGAGAAAUCAGUAAUUCUCAUGUCAAGGUGGAUAAGAAUCCAAAGAGUGAUUAUGGAUUUGAUGAAACUACAAAGAAAUUCAGACAAUAUUCAAUCCUAACUCAGUAUAACAAAAUGACUUCCAGGAAUGACUGUCAUCAGGACAGUGAAUAUAGCAAAAGCUUUACUGAAGAGGAAGAACUUCAGUCCCUUGGGAAGCUUCAUGAAAUGCAUAUGUAUCAAGAUAAUCUAAAGGGAAUGGACUUCAGCUGGAAUUCAGACAUCAUCAGACAUCAAAAAAGUAAUCCUGGAGAGAUGCUUUAUAUGAGAAACUACUCUGAGCUUGCUAGAGAUCAGAAAAUCCACACUCAAGAGAAACCUUAUGAAUGUCAACAAUGUGGAAAGGCUUUCACACAGAAGGGACAUCUUGUUGCACAUCAGAGAAUCCAUACUGGAGAGAAACCUUAUGAAUGCCAACAAUGUGGAAAGGCUUUUACACGAAGGGAUGGUUUUGCUGAACAUCAGAGAAUUCAUACUGGAGAGAAACCUUAUGAAUGUAAAUGUUGUGGAAAGACCUUCACUCGAAGGGGUGGUCUUGCUGCACAUCAGAGAAUACACACUGGAGAGAAACCAUAUGAAUGUAAUCAAUGUGGAAAGGCUUUCACUGCUAGCUCCCAUCUUGCCAAACAUCAGAGAAUCCACACUGGAGAGAAACCUUAUGAAUGUAAAAGUUGUGGAAAGGCCUUCACACGGAGGGGCAGUCUUUUUGAACAUCAGAGAAUGCAUACAGGAGAGAAACCUUAUGAAUGUAAAUGUUGUGGAAAGGCCUUUACACGGAGGGGUGGUCUUGCUGAUCAUCAGAGAAUCCACACGGGAGAGAAACCUUAUGAAUGUAAACAGUGUGGAAAGACUUUCACAAGGAGGAAUAGUCUUGUUGUACAUCAGAGAAUCCACACUGGAGAGAAACGUUAUGAAUGUAAACAGUGUGGAAAGGCUUUCACACAAAGCUACCAUCUUGCCAAACAUAAGAGAAUUCACACUGGAGAAAAACGUUAUGAAUGUAAACAGUGUGGAAAGGCUCUCACAGAGAGCUAUGGUCUUACUACACAUCUGAGAAUCCACACUGGAGAGAAACCUUAUCAAUGUAAGCAUUGUGGAAAGGCUUUCACAAAGAGCUCCACACUUACUAAGCAUCAGAAUAUUCACACUGGAGAGAGACAUUAUGAAUGUAAAAAAUGUGGAAAGGCUUUCACGAGAAGGGGCAGUUUUGCUAUACAUCAGAGAAUCCACAUUGUAUAGAAAAUGUAUAAAUGUAAUCAUUGUGGAAAGGAUUUCAUAAAUAAUUCCACACUUGCUAAAUGUCUGAGAAUCCAUACUGGAGAGAAACCUCAUGAGGGUCCUGAAUGAGGCUGAGCUUUUAGUUGCCACUCUUAGCUUAUUUAACAGAAGAGAAUCCACACUGGAGAGAAACAUUAGGAAUAUAAUUUAUGUGGUAAAACCUUCAGGCAACAAUUAUCUGUUAUUCCCAAUCUGAGAAUUCUUUUUGGAUAGAAAUCUUAUCCCUUUAAUGCAGAAAGGCAUUGAAAUGGUGUUCCGAGUUUGUUCAAUAUGAGAAAUUUUCUUUUUUCCAUAUGGGGGGAGGUUUUCAGCCAGAGAUCAUCUCUUACUUUGUAUCAGAGGAUUCAUAGUGCAGAGAAACCUAAUGAAUGUACUCAAAGGGGAUGUGUUUUUCUCAGGAGGAGAGAAAUCACUAUUUAUUUGAGAAAUGCAAUUUUAAAAAAACUCUGAGGUACUUUCUCAUACCUAUCCUAUUGACUAUUAUGACACAAAAGGAAAAUGACAAAUCUUAGAGAGGAUGUGUUAAAAUUGAGAUAUGAACUGUUGAAGUUGUGGACUAACUUAACCAUUCUGGAGAGCAAUUUGGUCUUAUGCCUAACGGGUUAUAAAAUGUAUGUAUUUUUUGACUCAGCAAUACUGUUAUUGGGUCUGUAUCCCAAAGAUAUUAAAAAAAAAAAAGGAAAAGGACCUUUUUGUACAAAAACACUUAAAGCAGCUCUUUUUAUGGUGGCAAAGAAUUGGAAAAUGAGAGGAAACCCAUCAGUUGGGGGAAAUUGUGGCAUAUAUUGUCAUGGAAUGCUAUUGUGGUAUAAUUAACGAUGAGCAGGAGGAGCUCAUAAAAACCUGAAUGAGUUUACAUGAAUUGAUGUGCAGUGAAAUAAGCAGAACCCAGAGAACAUUGCACAGUCAUAGCAAUAUUGUACAAUGUUUAUAUAGUGAAUAAUUUAGCUAGUCUCAGCAAUAUAGUCCCAAACAAUCCCAAAGAACUCAUGAUGAAAAAUGUCAUCUUUUUCCAGAGAAAUAACUGAUUAAUAGAAAUAACUGAGUCUGAAUUUAGUCCAAGGAAAUUUUUUUUCACUUCCUUAAGAGUUUCCUUCCACAAAAGGAUUAAUAUAGAAAAACAUUUUACAUGACUGCAUAUAUAAAAUCUAUAUCCAAUUGCUUACCAUCUCUUGGAUGGGAGGGCAAGAAAAUUUGAAACUCAGAACAUUUUUUAAAUGUUGGAAAUUGUUUAUAUAGUUAAUCAAGGACAAAAUUAAAUCUCAAAUGGUAGAGGAGAAGAGCAGGAUGAUCAAUAGAGAACCAUAUUCUUACUGAAAUGAAGGGAUCUACAGGUAAUGGAUUCAGGAAGGGCAUCACCUGGAACCCAUAUUUGACUCUCUAUUGGACAUAUGCUCGGGAUAAGACUUAAUGUAUCUAAUUCACAAGAGAAGGCCUCUUGUUGCAGCACUCUCCAGAUCUCCCUAUAAAGGAGCCCUCAUUAAACACCCCAAAUUUCUUACUCUGCAUAAAAGACUACAAUGAAAAGGAAUUUCUCUCUGAAAUCGUAAUGUUUAUUCUUCUUCACUUAAUUUCUUCGACCAUUUCCUAGUUAACUAGCACUCAGUUUCCCUUUUCUUUUUGUUGGUGCUUAUAGAUUUACAAACAAAAUAACAGUGCAUCAGGAAGAUGAGGAAGGGAUAGGUGACCUGCCCCCCGUGCGCCCCCCCUCCCCCCUUCCCCCCCCCUCAGCCCAUUAUAGCUAAGUUCUCAGGCUCAUGAUGCAGUUGGCUGAUUUCUGACUCUAAGCAGAGAUCCAACCCCUCUAGAGGAUUUGAGGUCUCAGUCUACAUCAUCUCUCAAAAUAUCAUCCAAUGAGGACUGUGAGGGGAUGUCCUAAGGUCAAGCUAUCAGGCCAGAGAUAGUCCACAACUCCCUUUAUAAAGAAGAGGCAAGACACUCUUUUUGGGGGGAGCUGGUGAAGGAGACACAUUUUUGUUGUUAAUGGGAAUUGGAUAUACCCCCACAGGAAACCAUGUUAUCCAUGGAGAAACGGCCUCAUAGUCUUUUUGGUCACAAAAACCAGUUCUCUAAGAUGGACAAAUUCCUAUUUUCUCUUCCCUCUGAUAAUUACUGUCCCUCUUGUCAAGGAGUCAUUUUAAUAGAGAAGGGGAUAAAGAAUUUCACUUGCUCUAAAGGGCUUAAAACCCCCCAAAGAGAUUGAAGUGGAUUUCUUCAAUUUUCUCCUUUUAAAUAUAGUCAAUUAAAGAUCUUGUUUAUCAUUAUUAAUAUUAUACAAUAUUAUGCAUUAUAUUGUCAUGUUACAUGUAUUAUAGCAUAUAUUAUAAUUCUUUAUUAUAGUUUAUAUUAUAACAGCAUCAUAUGAUAUUCUUAUACAGUAACCCUCACAAAUUGUUUUAUCUUUUUCAUAUAAUAUAACAAAACUUCAGAAUGAAACUUCAUGCUUCGGAAUUAGAUUUAUAACUAAAAUUAGAAUCAAAUUCAGAAAACAAAGCUUUGCAGAAUAUUAAAACAUCAACAGGGCUGAUAAAAUAACAUCAUUUUUCCAUGUUUACAUUUUUUCGCUUUUUAAAAAAUGUAGUUCAUAAUCUUAACAACAUGCAGAUUAUUAGAGAAGUUGCUUUUCUAUUGUAUACCUUUAUCAGUUUGCCAAAUUUCACCUUAUCACAAAUAACUUUUUGAGUUUGAAACAUGAAACAAAACUUGUAUGACAUUUUCCCAUUACCUCAUACAGAAUUAUCCACGUGUUAUUCUUUGCAUUUUUUAAUCACAUCUAAAACCCUAUAUAAAAUAAUCUAAUAUGAAGCAGUUAUAUUUCAUUAAAGCAGUAUAAGAAGGGGGGCAGCUGGGUAGCUCAGUGGAUUGAGAGUCAGGCUAGAGACAGGAGGUCCUAGGGUCAAAUCUGGCCUCAGACACUUCCCAGCUGUGUGACCCUGGGCAAGUCACUUAACCCCCAUUGCCUAGCCCUUACCACUCUUCUGGCUUGGAGCCAAUACACGGUAUUGACUCCAAGAUGGAAGGUAAGGGUUUAAAAGAAGAAGAAGAAGAAUUAACGUUUAUAUGGUGCUUGUCCUAUACCCAGCAGAAUAGUAAAACUUUUAAGGGGCUAAUAUUUUCAUAUUAAUCUUUUGACAGAGGUGAAAUCACAUGACUAGUCAAUUACAUAGACUGGCUAAAUAAUUGUAUUUCCAGCAUUAUAAUUUUUUAAAUUCCAAAUAACAAAUGUGCUAUUGCUUCUCUAUUUCUUCUUCCAAAUAAAUGUUAAGACUUCAAAAAUAAAGAUCUCAUUUUAUUUAUACUGUUUCAAAAUUCCCAACUCCCUAUGACCUUAUCCCUAUUUCCUAUUCCUCUCUUUCCACUGAGCCAUCUAGCUCAUCCCUUAGCAUUUUGUUUAAUUCCAAAUAGCAGGGGCAUCUAGGUGGCUCAGAGAGAGCCAGGUAUGGAGAGGGGAAGUCUUUGGUUCAAAUCUGGUCUCAGACACUUCCUAGCUGUGUGACCUUGGGCAAGUCACUUGACCCCCAUUGCCUAGCCCUUAACACUCUUCUGCUUUGGAACUGAUUCUUAGUAUUGUUUCUAAAAUAGAAGAUAAGGAUUUUUUAAAAUUCCAAAUAAUGGAAAAUCUGACUUAUCCUAAUGGCUUCAUACCUAGAUCAAAUUAUAUUAGAGACUAUUCAUGUAAUGAUUUAAAGAACUUAGCACUAUUUUUUUAAUAAGGCCUAAUCAUUUCAAGUACUACAGAAGGCUCACAAAUUUCAGCUAAUCUAAGGACAAAAAAAUUUAAUGGCUAUUGUUUCUCUAAUAAAGGGUGUUAAAAUUAA